AUGAGUGAGUUAAGAGAGCUUCAGUUAAGAGUUCCAGUCUCACUGGUUUUGUUGAUGGCUGUGGUUCCUCUCAGUCUGGGCACCAGAUUUACUCUGUUGAUCUCCAUGCCCAAUACAUCCAGUCCUUUCAGCAUUGGUCGGAUUGGGGCUGGAGCGCUUAUUGCUAUCAAUGCUGCAAACAGCAGUCCAGACCUCCUGCAAGGCCAUCAGCUGGACUAUCAUUAUGUGGAUGAUGAAUGCAGUGAUCUGCGUGGCCCUGGAAAGAUUGCGGCGCUUAACCAUAGACACAAAUACAGCGCUUUCAUCGGACCUUCUUGCUCAAACGUUUGUGCAGUUACUGCGAAACUAGCAGCAUAUUGGAACAUUGCUGUCAUCAGUCCCAUAUGUGCCCAUCAACAGUUUCUUGAUAAAAAGGCCUACCCAACAUUAACAAGAGUGUUUGGACCUUUUACGAAACUGGGAGCUUUCUUUGUGGAGAUCUGUAAAAGGUUUGGCUGGCAGCACAUUGGCAUCAUUUAUGACAGCAAGCCGGCAUGGAAUAUUCCAGCUGAGGGAAUCAGGUACCAAGCAGAACAUAAUAACAUCACAGUGGCCAAAUAUCUAGAAGUAGGUGUCUAUUUCCCGCAAGACUCCUCGUUGACCUGUUCCAAAAUCUUGAAUGAGAUCACGCAAGUGUCUCGCAUUAUUGUGAUAUCAGCACGUGGAGAGGUGGUCCGCCGCUUACUGAUCGAAGCUCACAAGAAAGGCCUGACCAACGGAGAUUUCGUUUUCUUCUGUUUUGAACCAUAUAGGCUUAAGAAGUUGUUUGGGAAUUUUGACUGGAAACAAGGUGAUGAAUUUGACUUUGUGGCAAAGGAAGCCUAUAAGGCCCUGUUUUUCCUGUCUCUGUAUAAACCUGAGGAUGAACAGUACCAGGCUUUCUCAGAGAGCGUCAAGAGAAGAUCCAAAAAAGACUUUGGCUAUACAUAUUCCCAUAAUGAAAAGGUAUCAGUGCUAGCAGCUAUAGCCCAUGACAGUGUUUGGCUCUACGCUCAGGCGUUAAACGAAACCUUGGCAGAAAAUGGAGACCCAUAUGAUGGCUUUACCAUCACCAGAAGAAUGUGGAACAGAACCAUCACAGGUGUCCAAGGAGAAGUAACUAUGGAUGCAAGUGGAGAUCGUGAGUCAGCAUACAUGAUGAAACAACUCCAAGGUGGAAACCAGUUUCAGAUCAUUGCAAACUAUUUUGGGACUGAUAAAAAAUAUUUGCCGGUGAAAGGGGUUCACAUCAACUGGACUGGAGGUCGGACAAGUCCGCCCAAAGACUCUCCAGACUGUGGCUUUAGAGGAGAACUCUGUUUCUAUCUAGACAGAAAAUUAUUGAUUGCUUCCUGCAUUAUUGCUGGCUUGGUGACCACAGGGACUCUUACAAUCUAUGUUUUGUACAGAAAGUAUAAACUCCAGGAAGACGCUGCCAAGAUGCUGUGGGAAGUCAGCGCUGCUGAUGUAAUAAUGAUGGAGCACCACUCCUUGACUAUGCCAAAGGUUUAGACCCCCUUAUCCCGCAGGUCUGAAUCCAUUCAGGCAUCUUUGGAGUCCAUCAUUAGCAGCAUGCAGGACAGGCCAUCUGCACAAAGAACUGCAGUCUACAAAGGAACAGUUUGUUCUGUUUACUUUUUGAAUGUGAAGAACGCUCAUCUGAACAGCAAGCUGCUGGCUGAGCUUAAACAGUGCAGAGAUCUGACACACCAUAAUAUUUGCAAAUUUAUUGGAGCUUGCCUGGAGACCCCUCAAUCUUUCAUUCUCACAGAGUAUUGCCCUAAAGGAAGCCUGCAGGUACAACCACGACGCCAAGAGAAUGUCUUUUUUUCUACAAGUUAUUGAAAAAAUGUACUUUCUUUACUUUUAUAUAAGUGUGAAUGUGAAUUGAGAUAAUUUUCUAUGCAAAUUUUGCAGGACAUUUUGAAGAAUGACUCUAUCAAGCUGGACUGGAACUUUAAGUAUUCCCUCAUGUCGGACAUCGUGAAGGGUAUGGACUAUUUGCAUCGCAGUCCUCUGCACUCUCACGGUCACCUCUCUUCAUCCAGCUGUGUGGUGGACAGUCGCUUUGUCUUGAAGGUCACCGGUUUUAGAUUUAGCUCAUUCAGGCUUUCAGAGAAAGAGGACGCCUGGACCGCUCUGCUAUGGACGGCCCCGGAGCUGCUGAGGCAGUCCAUGCCUGCUAAUGGUACCCAGAAAGGGGACGUCUACAGUUUUGCCAUCAUCGCUCAAGAAGUUGUAUAUCGCCGAGGGCCUUUCUACAUCCCCAGCUGUCCAUUCGGUUCUAAAGAGAUUGUGGAGAGGGUCAGAACGGGGGGCUGUAGCCCUCUGAGGCCGCACACAGACUGUGGCGAGUGUGAAGAGGAGCUGGAGGAUCUGCUGAACAUCUGCUGGAGAGAAAAAUCUGCAGAGAGACCAGACUUCUCUUUUCUGAGGACUGCCAUCAAGAAACUCUGCCCGAAUGGGGGUUCUGAGAACAUUCUAGAUAACUUGCUGUCCCGCAUGGAGCAGUAUGCGUGUAAUCUCGAGGAGAUAGUCAGCGAGCGCACCGCUCAACUCCAGGAAGAGAAGAAGCGGGCAGAGGGACUACUCACGCAAAUGUUACCACGAUCCGUUGCUGUGCAGCUCUUAGCGGGAAAAACAGUGACAGCCGAGACCUACGACUGCGUCACCAUCUAUUUCAGUGAUAUCGAAGGUUUCACCGCCAUGUCAGCUUCCCUCACUCCAAUGCAGGUUGUAAACGUGCUGAAUGACCUGUACACAUAUUUUGACAAUAUCAUCGACAAUCACAAUGUAUACAAGGUAGAAACCAUCGGUGAUGCUUAUAUGGUAGUGUCGGGCCUGCCUAUAAGAAAUGGACUCGACCAUGCGAAGGAAAUUGCUAGAAUGUCAAUAGCUAUAGUGCAGGGCAUGAGGAGUUUCCACACUCUCCAUGUACCUCAAAAGCAGCUGAGGGUUCGCAUUGGAGUCCAUUCAGGGCCCUGUGUCACCGGUGUUGUGGGUCUGAAAAUGCCACGCUACUGUUUAUUUGGAGACACUGUGAACACUGCCUCUAGAAUGGAGACGUAUGGAUUACCACUGAAGAUCCAAGUGAGCAGUUCUACCAAGACUCUCCUUGACACCUUCAAGACAUUCCACUGUGAUCUGAGAGGUGACAUCCACAUAAAGGGAAAGGGCUGGUUGAGGACGUUCUGGCUUUUGGGAGAAGAUCCAAUUCAGAUGUCUCGCUAAAUACGUUUCCCUUCUUUUGUCAAUUUUAGUUGAGCCAUCUACUUGUAUAUUUUUGUUUGCAAUAGACUACAGCAGAGAUGACAUAUUUGUGUAUGCAAACACAGAGUUAGCAUUUUAGCACUUCCGGUUCCAACGCCCCAAAGUCCAUGAGUUUUUUGAAUAGGUUAAUUGCCUGAAAUAUGAUCUGUGGUUAACAAAACCUCGAAAUAUUUUCUAGUUUACUCGAUGACAUUAAAGCUUUAUUGUGUCUUAAAAACGGCGGUUGCACACAAGUUGCUAAAAGCGACUACAUCAUUUGGCGGAGACAUUAGAGCUCAUCGCGCAUAUACUGUAAAAUCUCACAAGUAAUGCAACAUGGGCACAACUCUCUAAAAAUGUGGAUGGAGGAUUCAUUCACUGAGUAAUUACUUACAAGGGAACACGUUGAAAAAGGUUGUCGAAGGCUUGGUGGUGGUGACAUUGAUAUCGAGCGACCGUAGUGUAGUCAGGUUAUAGCCUCAUGUUAGCUUUUUACUUCUGGCAUUUGUAUUUAGGCUUCAAAAGUACCAAAUGUUGUGUUCGUUUGUAAAUGUUAUCUUGAUAGACAAAACGUGCACAUCAUAAAACUAUGCAAUUAAUAGUUUUAUUUACAGACUGUCAAAAUGAUAUUUGCUAAAUUAAAUGUGGGAGAAGCCCUGCAGCUCCUUGUGGUUUGGUUACAGAGCUUUAAUUUCACAAUUGUAAUAGCAAUUCAAUAGCAAGUCACUUAGACUUUGUAUAGCCAACAGCAAAACAAUCAUAUCUGAUGUGUCAAUUUUUCAUUGAUUCAAAAAUUCUUCUAGGUGUUG